UCUCUCUCCCUCCCUCUCCAUCCCGGCCCUCUCUCUCUCUCUCGCUCUCUCUCUUCCACUCCCACUGGUCGGUCAAGGGCCAGCCACAGCCCCGAGCAGCAGCAGCAGCGAUCACUCACUGGACCAUGGAGGCGUGCGGCCGUUCCUCUGAGCUGCUGGCGGUGUGCUUGUGGCUGGGCGGCUGGCUGUGCGCGCUGGCCUCCACCAUCCUGCCCCACUGGCUGAGCAUGUCCACGGAGCUGCUGGCCAUCGAGAGCUACCAGCUGGGCCUGUGGGAGACGUGCGUGGUGCAGGACAUCGGGGGCAUGGAGUGCCGCUCCUACGACAGCCUGCUGGGCCUGGCGCACGACAUGAAGCUGGGCCGCGUCCUCAUGUGCGCGUCGCUGGCCACGGGGAUGCUGGGACUCCUGGUGACCAUCCCGGGGAUGCAGAUGGUCAACAGCUGCAGAGACGGGGACGGCGGCGGCGGCGGGGGAGGGCAAGCCAAGAGGACCCUGGUGAUGCUGGGCGGCGUGCUGGCGGUGCUGUCCGGGAUCCUGUGUCUGAUCCCCGUGUCGUACGUGGCGCACCUGGCCGUGCUGCGCUUCUUCGACGAGGCCCUGCCGGACGUGGUGCCGCGCUGGGAGUUCGGCGACGCCCUGUUCUGCGGCUGGGCGGCGGGGUUCCUGCUGUGUGCGGCCGGGGUCCUGCUGCUCGUCACCGCCGCCCUGGGGUCGGCCAGCCGGCGCCGGCCCAGGCCGCAGUACCGGUACGAGGCCCGGGGAGGGGAGCUGACCGCCGCGAAACGAUCAGAGUACGUGUGACCCGGGUACGAGAACCAGACCCGACGGCUGGACUGAAGUGCAGCGAGGAGACGGAACCUUCCAGAACCUUCCAGAACCUUCCAGAACCUUUACACCUGGACCAAUGUCGUCCGACUUAAAAAAACACCCGUUACUAUGACCAUGAUAACACAGUACUGGGGCUAGAGACCCAGUGGAACAGCUGACGCUGACACAAUACCGCUGAGAAGUAUGUAGCGUCGGUCGGUUUCGGAGCUGUACGAAAAUAAUGACAUGUUGAUAAUCUAUUGUCCUCUGAUCCUUGAAAUGGAGCUAUUCUGAUAUGAUAGCAUGUUGACGACCGGUAUUGGAUUAUUAUUAUGAUUAACCUGAUCAGCGUCCAUACUGUCGUGUUGUUAUGCAAUCAAGUCUAAAGCCAAAGAAGAAAAAGUAAAAAAACUGUGUUUUUACAAGAACUGCUUGUAUCAGUGAUGUUAGGAAUUACAAUGGCUGUUAAAAUUGGUUUCUGCUUGUUGUUAGUUGAUAGAUACCAUUGUAAAAUCUAAUUAAAACUAGGGGCAGAUCAAGCCUUUUGCUUUCAGUGGUGGUCCAAAAUGAACCAAAUGUCUACCUGGUAAGUUAUAUAUUUUGUACCCAAAGAUCCUUUAGAAAAAGCCCAUUUCAUGUGUGAAUCCAGUCCCUAUCCUGUUUAAUUUUGCACUUUUUUU